AUGGGAAAGAAGACAGUGGCGGAGUUCAAUGAUCUGUUUGAGAGUUUUGCCCACUCCGAUAUGGACUACAGUACUACCAGCAGGACUUCCAUUCCUGUGCGUACCACCUCGGCCGGUCGAGGGGUAAACCAAGUUAGCUCGGAUUCAUCGGUAGCUGCUGCAGUCGAGAGAGCGAAGGAGGAGCUGAGGCAAGAGAUGAGGCAGGAGUUGAGUGAGAUAAAGAAGAAAGUCGAUAGGUGUGAGGUUUGUCGAGGAGGACAUGAUACUAUAGAUUGUCCUACGAUCACUCUUGAGAAGGUAGAGUACAUAGCCGGUCAGUCUAGGGGUCCCACGAAUCCGUUCAAUAAUUCUAAUUCCAACUGGCGCGGUAGUGGUAAUUCGAGUGGUUAUCGUUCGUCUGGAAAUCCUCCUGGAUUUCCAUCUGGUAAGUAUCAGAGUAGAGGGCCCGGUAUUUACACGAAUUCUGGUUCAGGGCAGUUUAGUGGUUCAGGUUCGAGUGGUCAGUUUAUGAGUGGAGGACCGACUCAGGAGAGUCAGGGUAGUGGGAAGGCUCCUGAGGUUAGUACGAACAGGUUGGAGGAGAUGUUCGCCCAGAUGAUGACGCGGACCGAUGCGUUCAUGAAAAAUCAGGAGCAAAUUAAUAAAAAUAACGAGCUCCAGUUCAAGAAUCAGCAGGCCGCCCUCCUCGAUCUUCAGAGGACAGUAGGCGGGCUUGCUAAGCAGUUACAGGAGCACCCACCGGGUCAGUUUUCGGGAAACACUUUCCCGAAUCCCGCGAAUCAGUCAGCGAAGGCGAUUACGACCCGUAGUGGGAAGAGUUUGGGAGAGGUUGUGAGAGAAGAAGUUGAGGAUGAAAGAGAGGAUGAAGUCGAUGAGGAGAUCGAGAUGGAGGCUCCAGGCAAGUUGAAGAUCAAUCUUCCGUUCAUCGAGGCGCUUCAGUCUAUGCCUAAGUACGCGAAAUUCCUUAAAGAUCUUUUGAAGCGUAAGGAGAGAAUCGGUGAGCUUUCGAAUAUUCCAUUGACAGGAGGCUGUUCCGCGGUAGUCUUGAAUAAGCUACCAGAGAAGUUGACCGACCCUGGCACAUUUACGAUUCCAUGUUUCUUUGGGGGAGCCGCUACCCCUUCUCACGCCUUAGCCGAUUUAGGGGCCAACAUCAAUCUGAUGCCAUUCUCGUUGUAUGAGCGACUUGGCCUAGGAGAGCUUACCCCCACGCGCAUGUCAUUGUCCUUGGCUGACCGAUCUGUCAAGUAUCCUCGUGGGAUAGUAGAGAAUUUGUUGUUGAAGGUCGAUAGGUUUGUGUUCCCAGUAGAUUUCGUUGUGCUCGACAUGGAGGCCGAUGAGAGAGUUCCUAUUAUUCUAGGCCAUCCAUUCCUUCGAACCGCAAAGGCGAUCAUCGACGUCUUUGACGGUAAGAUUUCUCUUCGUGUGGGUGACGAGAUUGUCACAUUCGAGAUUGAUAGAGCGAUGCAGCAUCCUAGCGGCAGUGAUGAUGAUGUUGGACCGUGUCAUUCCGUUUACUUUCUCAAUUCAUUCAUAUCUUGUGUCGACACGUGUCUCGAGUAUAUUAGUGGAGCUGAUUUAGUAGGCGAGGGAGUUGUUGGCGAGCAUUCUGAGGAUGAGGUGGAUGAGUUAGAUGAGGUAGAGGAGGAGCAGUUAGAUGAGAGCGAUGAGUUGAGUGUUGGGCCUUUAGAGCUCGAUGCGAUUAGUGAUGUGAGUACUCCCGUAGAGAUUCCACCGCCUUUAGAACUUAAGGUUCUUCCUUCACAUCUCGAGUACGCGUUUCUAGGAGAGAAGCCGAGUAUGCAUGUCAUCAUAUCUUCGAAGUUGACAGAGGAGGAGAAGGCGAGGUUGAUUGAGGUGCUUAGAGAGCACAGUGAUGCGAUUGCAUGGAGGCUAUCCGAUAUCAAGGGCAUCAGCCGUACCUUUUGCACGCAUCGCAUUCUGAUGGAGGAUGUUUUCAAGCCUGAAGUGCAGCCACAGCGUCGGUUGAAUCCGAAUAUGCAGGAGGUAGUGAAGAAGGAGGUGAUGAAGUUGCUGGAGUCUGGUUUGAUCUAUCCUAUUUCUGAUUCAGCUUGGGAUAUGGUCGAGAGUUCGAUGGAGGUGUUUAUGGACGAUUUCUCAGUGUAUGGUAGUUCUUUCGAUCAGUGCUUGACAAAUCUUGAGAGGAUGUUGAAGAGAUGUGUGGAGACGAAGUUGAUGCUGAACUGGGAGAAGUGUCACUUCAUGGUGACUGAGGGGAUUGUGCUAGGGCACAAGAUUUCGCGAGCAGGUAUUGAGGUUGAUAGAGCGAAGAUAGAUACGAUUAGCCAGCUCCCUCCGCCGACUAGUGUCAAGUCGGUUCGUAGUUUUCUCGGUCAUGCGGGAUUUUAUAGGCGCUUCAUUAGGGAUUUUUCCAAAAUCACUCGCCCCAUGACGCGAUUGUUGGAGAAGGACGUUCCUUUCGUCUUUGACGAGGAGUGCCUUCGUGCGUUUGAGUUUCUGAAGGAGAAGUUAGUGAGUGCACCGAUACUCGUGUCGCCUGAUUGGAGCGUACCAUUCGAGCUGAUGUGCGAUGCGAGUGACUACGCAGUUGGUGCGGUGUUAGGGCAGAGACGGGAGAAGCAUUUUCACCCGAUUUACUACGCAAGUAAAACGCUGAAUGAUGCUCAGGAGAAUUACACCACCACGGAGAAGGAGUUGUUGGCGGUGGUGUUCGCGUUCGAUAAAUUCCGAUCAUAUCUCAUUCUUUCGAAAACCGUCGUGUUCACUGAUCAUUCUGCCCUGCGUCACUUGUUUCAGAAGAAGGACGCGAAGCCGCGUCUCAUACGAUGGAUUCUGCUUCUUUCCGAGUUCGACAUUGAAAUUAAGGAUAAGAAGGGGGCAGAGAAUGUGGCGGUGGACCACUUGUCCCGCUUAGAGGACCCGAAGCGUGAGGAGAUUCGUGAGGAGGCGAUAGGAGAUAGAUUCCCUCACGAGUCUAUUGAUGCUGUCACGGCAGGAGCCGUGGACCUCCCGCGGUAUAGCGAUAUAGCCAAUUAUUUGGCCGACGGGUUUGUGAUGGAGAGUUUGAGUUUGCAGGAGAAGUGGAAGCUGACGAGGGACGCUAGGAAGUACAUUUGGGAAGAUCCCUAUCUCUUUAGGAUAGGCGGUGAUCGAGUUCUGAGGAGGUGUGUUAGUAGAGAAGAAGUAGUAGACGAUGCGGCCGAGUUUGUGAGAAAGUGUGACCAAUGCCAGCGGACCGGCAACAUCUCAUCCAAGGAUGAGAUGCCCCAGAAUCCUAUUCAAGUGUUGGAAGUCUUUGACGUUUGGGGCAUCGAUUUCAUGGGACCAUUUCCAUCUUCGAGUGGAAAUCGGUACAUCCUCGUUGCGAUUGACUACGUUUCGAAGUGGGUGGAAGCUCAAGCUUCGCCUACGAACGAUGCACGAGUGGUGGUGAGGUUCUUGAAGAAGUUGUUUACGCGAUUUGGUACGCCUAGAGCCAUUAUUAGUGAUUGCAGCACGCAUUUUUGUAAUGCGGUUAUGGAGAAGGCGUUGGAGAGGUAUGGAGUUACGCACCGCUUGUCUACCGCGUAUCAUCCGCAAACGAGCGGUCAAGUGGAGAACGCGAAUCGAGGAGUGAAGAGAAUUUUAGAGAAGACGGUAGGGAAGAGUCGGCAGGAUUGGUCCGAUAAGUUGGACGAUGCGUUAUGGGCUUUCCGCACCGCCUAUAAGACGCCAUUAGGGACGACACCGUUUAUGAUCGUUUAUGGGAAAGCGUGCCAUUUACCGGUCGAGUUAGAGCAUCGGGCUCUUUGGGCGCUCAAAACAGUGAAUUUAGAUUUGACCGAGGCCGCUAGGAGUCGAUUUUUCCAAAUUCAUGAGUUAGAGGCGCUUCAUGACGCCGCGUAUGAUCGUUCUUGGAGUAUCAAGGAAAAGUCGAAAGCUUUGCAUGAUAGGAGGUUGCGGAAGUUAAAGGAGUUUAAAGUAGGCGAUCAAGUGCUAUUGUUUAACUCGAGGUUGAAGUUGAUUGCCGGAAAGUUGAAGUCGAGAUGGUCCGGGCCGUAUGUCGUGAAGGAGGUUUUCCCGUACGGCACCGUCGAGUUGUUUGAUGAAGCGAGUUCGCAUGUGUGGAAGGUUUCAUUGCCUUCACGUGGCCGACGUCGACAUGGGAGCUGCACUCCAGGUGAAGGAACCUCGUUAGGUGUGAAGCGCAAGAGGCGCAAUACUCGAGCUCAGGCGGCUGCACAGGAGCAGUCGGGUGCUCCAAUACUUCGGGAGAUCAUAUACAGGGAUGUUGGGGUCCCACACGGGCAGAGUGACAGGUUGGUAGAGAGCCCAUUGCUGCGUUUCACUAUCGGGUCGUUCGAGUACAUGAAAUUCAAUGCGAUAAAAAAGCUGAAGUUGUUAGAAUUUAGGCGGAUUGAUUGGGGUUUGGUUAAUCAGCCGGGACAGGUUGAGAGGAUUCAGUAG